AUGCCAUUCCAACAACCAUGCUUUACACAAAGAGAAAACUGCACCCACGAUCUGAUUAACAUCACAAAACCUCGUAGUCCGGUUUUCAACGCCGUUUUAAGCCCAUACGUCAUUCACGUGACCCUCAGCUUACUCAUAAACGUGCCUUUGUCCGAUAUCGACAACGAGUACUGUAAUGAGCAUUCGGAGAGGCGUACAGCAGCUCUACAUCAACUGAAGGCGGUUCUCAAAGAAAAGUUAGGCAGAGAGCAGGUGCCACCUCCAUUUUGGGCCUUCUGUCAGGUCUCGGACGUAUCCAGACUGCAAGAGAUGGUCUUCAUUGUGGAGCAGGCCCCCAACGCCAAAAUAGCGCAGCUUUGCCUGGAACCGACAAUUAAGGAUUGUGAUUCGGCUGUAGCCCGAUGGCUACAAAACCUAAGUGCGAUUAAUACUACAAGCUCCGUGCAAAAAGCGCGAUCAGAACAACAUCUGGGCGCGAACCAAGAGCAGUUGAGAGAUUCUGGGAUAUCCUUGGCUUCUUUUUGGGAGGAAGAACGUGUGGAGCAGUGGAAAAAGGAGAUAUUCAGUGACCCACAGAACUUGAAGGAACCAAAUGAUGGUUGCUUUAACAUGGUCAGCCUUGAUAAGCAUCCACACGCUCUCUGGGGAGCUGGUACCUACAAGGAGGAUGGUGAACCGGAAUACAGGCCUAUCGCUUCAGGGGAUGUGUUUUCUCUGACCACAGAUGAUCCUGACAAACUGCCACUGCCCAGCUGGCCCCUCCUUGAAAUGCAGUGGCAUUUACAGAGGAUUGCAGGGAUGAGUGGGGCCGAAGCAAGCGAGGACUUGGACCACAAUGUUGAUGAUGAUGAUGAUGAUGAUGAUAAUGAUGCAAAAGAGAUAACCACACAUGAUCGUGACGCCACUGUACGGAGUGUUAGAGCCAUUUCUGAGUGGCUACGGCUUCUACCAGAAAAAGAGCAAUCUACAUCCCACCCACGCCUGUCAAUCCCCGUGUAGGAGCCCGGUUAGCUCCCGAAUAGUGACCAAGAGAGAGAAGGCCAAGCGGGUGCUGGC